UUCUCUCCUUCUCUGCUACCCAGUAUCCAAUGGAGGGGGUGCCCGGAGCCCGGAUGCCAGUGCAGAUUCGGGUCAGGCUCUGGUUCGGGCUCUCUGUGGAUGAAAAGGAGUUCAACCAGUUUGCUGAGGGCAAGCUCUCCGUCUUUGCUGAAACCUAUGAGAACCAGACCAAGCUGGCACUGGUCGGGAACUGGGGCACAACGGGCCUCACCUACCCCAAAUUUUCUGACGUCACGGGCAAGAUCAAGCUACCCAAGGAGAGCUUCCGCCCCUCAGCUGGCUGGGCCUGGGCUGGAGACUGGUUUGUGUGUCCAGAGAAGACGUGAGUCGUGGACAGGGAGGGCUUGGGGACCCCGUCUGCCUCAGCCAUUUCUCUGAAAGGGCCUCGGCUCUAUUUAUCCCUCUGUCUACUGCCACUGCCCCUACGCUGGUCAUAGCGACUUCCAUUUGAACUCUCCCGGGACUGGAGGGCUCCUAACGAUUGGAAAGCCCUUUGUGAUUAAACCGAAGCUGGCCUCCAGUGGACUUUGCGUCCACUGGUUACGGCCUUUUCCUCCAAGAUACCACAGAAAGCCCGCUCCCUUCUCUGCGUGUUAAUUCCUCCUUUAGUGCCCCUCAGAACAGCCUCGUUCGUCCUUCUCCAUCUGCACCGCCAUCUCCACCUCC